AUGGAAGAACUACAACAACAACAUCCAUCCAAAGCUUCCUCACCAAAGGAAGCAUCAUCAACAACCACAACCGCAACCACAACAACCACAACUGCUGUGAAUUCUUCAGACUCGAAUUCUUCUACCCUAACAACAGAAGAACCCAAUGCUCCUCCUCAACAGAAGAAUAUUGAGGAACAACAACAACAACAACAACAACAGCCUGCUAAGGAUGUUGCUGAAAAGGAGACAAAUCAAGCACAACCUCAACAGCAAAAACAAGGUGAAGAGAAGGUAAAUGCUGCAAAUUCUCCUUCAAAACAAGUGAAGGAACAACAGGAACCGCCAUUGCAGCUAAUUAUCAAGCUAAACACAAAGAAGAUAGUACUAACCGAAAAAAGUUGCGGUGGAGGAGGUAGGUCAGCGGUCUUCGUUUGCUAUCGAUGGGAAGAGGGGGUUCUGUGCAGGGUCUUCGUUUGCUAUCGAUGGGAAGAGGGGUUUUGUGCAGAGUCUUCGUUAGCUAUCGAUGGGAAGAAGGUCUUCGUUUGCAAUCGACGAAGAGAUGCUCGCUCUCGUCGUCCCUUGCUCGCCGCCUUCACUAUCGUCGUCGGAAUCCGGAAUCCGAAUCGCCGCCUUCACUGCCGCCUUCUACUCGUGGUCACCCACUGUUCGACGUCUUCACUCGUCGUCACCCACUGCUCGCCGUCUUCACUCGUCGUCACCCACUGCUCGCCGUCUUCACUGUCGCCGUCUUCACUGCUCGCUAGAUGCGUGGAGAGGAUCGAAGGAAGGAAGAGGGGUUUCGGAGCAACAAUUGCAAGAUCAUCACGAUUAGAAGGCCCCUUCGAGGUCUCCCCCGACGGCAUCGUGAAAUUCAAGGAGAAAGAUGGCAUCGACUACGCCGUCCUCACCGUCCAGCUCCCCGGAAGCGGGAGGGUCCCUUUCCUCUUCACGGUGAAGCAACUCGUUGCUUCUGGAAAACCAGAGAGCUUCAGCUGCGAGUUUUUGGUUCCCAGAGGGGAUGAGGAAGAGCUGGCGAAGGAGAAUGUCAAGAACGCGGCGGCGUCGAAGGGGAAGAUUACAUUGAGCGUGACCAAGAGCAAGUCGGAGACCGGGGAGGUGAUUGGGGAUUUUUUAGAGCAUUCAGCCGUCGGACACCGAUUUGGGUGCCUCAAGGAUGUGAGGAUUCAGGGGGUUUGGUAUGCUCAGCUUGAUUAA